AUGUCUUUGUUGCAGUGCAUCGGCCAGCUGAUAUAUGAGGAGUGGUAUGAUGUUGCAAUGCCGGAAUUGAUCGAAACCUGUUCAGCCGAAAUUGAAAAUGUUGAUUUAGUGAAGAACACGCUGAGCUUAGCCCUGGGUAUAAUCGGAUCAGUCCAAAAGAAGCGGCGUGAAUUCUGGAAAGACAAUAUUCGGAUAUGCUUGGAUUCAGUGGAGCAACUGGGUCACUUCAUUACUGCAUCGGUCAGUUUGGCACAUUUUCGAUAUUCAUUUCUAAAAGGAGAAGUUAGAACAAGCCUUAUCAUUGCUUACUUGGUAUUACUGCUAAAUGAGCCGAUUGGUCACUUAAACUAA